CUUCUCCUUCCCCGUUCCACUUCUCUGUCAUAAAAAACCUCUGUUUCUCUUCAAAACAAAAAACCCGAUAAUGACUUUCUUCUCCAUUGUUUCACAAACAUGAGAACAACGACUACACAAUGCACUCGGCAGAGAGGCUCCACAGCACCAUGGAGAUCUGUGGUGGAUUGACCCAAGAGACAACUCUCCACUUCCACCCAUUUGCACGGAUGGGUUUGCUUGAAGCUUUUCUCUCUGUCUUUGGAACACUGGUAAUUCAGAAAACUUGCAGCUACAAAGGCAUCAUGUCUGCGCCCGAGUCAAUUGGAAACAACACUCAGAAAAAGCUUAUAAAAAUAGUUAUCAGUUUAGACACUGUGUGUCCAUGGUGCUUUGUGGGCAAAAAAAAUCUUGACAAAGCUAUAGCUGCAUCUAAGGAUCACUAUGACUUUAAGGUUUUUAGGGGCCAUGGAUUGGAAUAUAACCUUUCAGGACUCACGGGAAAUACUCUAGACAACCACAGGCUUAUGCAUUUCGCUGGGCAAUAGGGUCUUGAUAAGCAACAUAAUCUUAUGGAGGUGCUCUCUCUUGGCUACUUCACUCAGGCAAAAUUUAUUGGUGACAAAUUGUCAGAGUGAUCGCUACUCAUUCUCUCUCAAUCACGCGCUAUAGUCCACCCCCUCAAUCUUUGCCUUUUAUCAACGCCACCACCAAGGCUUACAUCAGUGAUACUUCAAAUGAAUGUAGUAGCAACUUAUCAAGUGAACAAGGUGGUGAUUCUACAAAGUUUCAAAAAGUUGAUGUUCAAAGCAAUGGGCAACUCACACCAACAUCUAUGCUCAAGGAAAACAAAAAGACAUAUUUAGUGACUAUUACAAAGCAACAAAGGAAGAA